AUGGACGAGCACCUCAGCCUGCUGCGCUCGCCGGCCGCCCCGUCCUCCUGCAGGCACCCCCGGGGCGGCGGCGGCGGCGGCAUAGCGGGCAGCAGCCACCACAACCUGGGCUACAGCGAGCAGCUCCUCCCUGAGGGCGCGCGGGCCGGCCCUCAGGACGAGGAGGGGGAGGGGCCGGAGGGGGGCAUGCCCGUGGCGGUUGGGGAAGACCCCCUGCUGGAAGAGGCCCUGCCGCACCCCCACGCCCUGCUGGGAGGGGAGCGCUACGACCACCCCGUGGCCCACACCUUGCCUCCCCCCGCUCACCGCCAGGGCGGGGGCGAGGGGGAGCACGAGUGCUGCGAGCGGGUGGUGAUCAACAUCUCGGGCCUGCGCUUUGAGACCCAGCUCAAGACCCUCGCCCAGUUCCCCGAGACGCUGCUGGGGGACCCCCGCAAGAGGAUGCGGUACUUUGACCCCCUUCGCAACGAAUACUUCUUUGACCGCAACCGGCCGAGCUUUGACGCCAUCCUCUACUACUACCAGUCCGGGGGCCGCAUCCGGCGCCCUGUCAAUGUCCCCAUCGACAUCUUCUCGGAAGAGAUCCGCUUCUAUCAACUGGGUGAGGAGGCGAUGGAAAAAUUCCGAGAAGAUGAAGGUUUCAUCCGUGAGGAGCAGAGACCUCUUCCUGAAAAGGAAUUCCAGCGUCAGGUGUGGCUCCUCUUUGAGUACCCAGAGAGUUCUGGACCAGCCCGGGGCAUUGCUAUUGUCUCAGUUCUUGUUAUUCUCAUCUCCAUUGUCAUUUUCUGCCUUGAAACCUUGCCUGAGUUCAGAGAUGACCGUGACUAUGAAGCUACUGCAGGGACAUUUGGGACUGGUGGUGGUCCUUUUGUGGCGGAUGUCUUCACAAAUUCUUCCUCAACAGCCUCCAUGGUGUCAGCUUUCACUGACCCCUUUUUUGUGGUGGAGACUUUGUGCAUUAUCUGGUUCUCUUUUGAAUUGCUCGUCCGCUUCUUUGCCUGUCCCAGUAAGCCCACCUUCUCUAAGAACAUUAUGAACAUAAUUGACAUUGUGGCCAUUAUACCUUAUUUCAUCACUCUGGGCACUGAGCUGGCCGAGCGGCAGGGGAACGGCCAACAGGCAAUGUCCCUGGCCAUUCUCAGAGUCAUUCGACUGGUCAGAGUCUUCCGCAUAUUCAAGCUCUCUCGGCACUCCAAGGGACUGCAGAUCUUGGGUCAAACUCUCAAGGCCAGCAUGAGGGAGCUUGGCUUGCUUAUUUUCUUCCUCUUCAUUGGAGUUAUCCUGUUUUCUAGUGCAGUUUACUUUGCGGAAGCUGAUGAUCCCACCUCAAGUUUCAGCAGUAUUCCUGAUGCCUUUUGGUGGGCUGUAGUGACUAUGACUACAGUGGGUUACGGGGACAUGCACCCGGUCACUAUUGGAGGCAAAAUAGUUGGGUCUCUCUGUGCCAUUGCUGGGGUGCUGACCAUUGCUUUGCCGGUGCCUGUGAUAGUAUCCAACUUCAACUACUUUUAUCACCGGGAAACAGAAGGUGAAGAACAAGCCCAAUAUAUGCAUGUAGGAAGCUGCCAGCACCUCUCAUCCACUGAGGAACUGAGGAAAGCCCGUAGCAAUUCCACUAUCAGCAAGUCAGAGUACAUGGUGAUAGAAGAGGGAGGCAUCAGUAACAGUGCAUUCAAGCCGGCUGCUUUUAAAACAGGCAAUUGCACAGCCACGAACAAUCCCAACUGUGUGAAUAUUAAAAAGAUUUUCACAGACGUUUAAAGAUAGCCUUCGAGGGUAUGUAAAAAUAUUACAGGUCUGUGUAAUCAGUAUUGUGAGGAACAUGCACCAUCGUUGAUCUUUGUGCUCUUGUUUAAUACAUGUGCUUUUCUGAUCCUC